UUCGAGAAAAAUGUCAGAGGGAGAGGGCUACAGGGCACCCGCCUCGUUGGAAAGACUGAGAAUUGACUUGUUCGAACACCUAAAUGCCUCGCUAUUCGACCAGAGACCACUCUAUGAUCAGUUGCAGCAGCGAUCUACGGAGAAGCCUGUUCUUAAGAUGGACCGAAGCCCUCUAACCGCGUACUCUCUUUCCUCGUUUGGGAGAUCCAGUUCGGAAACAUUUAAUUCCACAGCUGCUGAGAAGGAUAGUAGCGAGCCAGAUGAUAGCAAACCGGAUGAUAGCGGAACAGAUGAGAGCAAACCAGAUCAACCAAAGAGCGAUCGAGGAAAUACAGCAUCCACGACUCGCGGAAACGAAUCAAUCACAGGAGGAAUGAGAGAUCCUGCUAGAGCCGCAUUUUCUCAAGAUGACCCCGCUGCUUGGCGAUCCCAAACAAAUAAUCAUCUCCGGCGAGAUAAUGGCGAACCUCAGGUUGUUCAACAUACCAGAGCACGAAGGUCAAGUUCAAGUACCUCCUCGCCAAAAAAUAGAACAUUGAAGGAAGUAACUGUUGCCCCUCCACCCUCGCCUCUGGGAUAUCCGCAAGCCCGAACUACCACUACUUAUGGAGAACGACCUGCUUCUCCGCCUCCUCCGCCUCCAGGAAUUCGCUCAGCGCAAGCUACAACUACUUAUUCUGGAUAUACACGUCCUCUACUGUCUCCGCGAGGACUUCGCUCAAUACAAGCUGCUUAUUCUGGAUAUGCAAUUUCUCCACCUCCUUCAACAAGCACUCGGCUAGCACAGGCUAUUUAUUCUGGAUAUGGCACCCCUCCACCCCCUCCACCCCCUUCAAUAAGCACUCGGCCAGCACGGGCUACUUAUGUUGGAAGUAUUUCUUCGAAGUUGAAAGGUCCAGCUCAGGAGGACGACGGGCAAAUUGAUGAGGAGGAGGCGAGACAAGCUAGAGAGAUCCAACAGAGGGCAGAACGAGCCGCUGCUGAAAAGACACGCUGUCUUCCGCGGGAAGGGCGCGAGAAGCUCGAUAAAGGAGCUCUACUGUAUAAUAAAUCGCGUGUCUUAACUUGGCUAGGCAAGAGGGGAAUCAUCUCGCCAGGCUUCCCUUCUCUAAAUCUCUCAGAAUCAAAGCAAGCAUCAGGUAAAUUUUAAAGGAGUGGAA